GCGGUUUGGUCCUGUGCACUUGCCGUAGUCAGCUGAUCAUGCAGGUGAAAGGUCAACUGUUAGACAAAAUGGACGUCAACCAGAUUAAACAGGAGCAUCUCCUGGCAUUAAAGGUGAUGCGUCUGACGAAACCCACACUGUUCACUAACAUGCCUGUGACCUGUGAAGACCGAGACCUGCCAGGUGCUCUGUUCGGGCAGCUCAUGAGGGAGGACCCAUCUACUAUAAAAGGGGCGGAGACUCUGAUGCUGGGGGAGAUGCUCACACUACCACAGAAUUUUGGAAAUAUUUUCCUUGGUGAAACUUUCUCCAGUUACAUCAGUGUCCAUAAUGACAGUAAUCAGGUGGUGAAGGAUAUUCUAGUGAAGGCUGAUCUCCAGACCAGCUCUCAGAGGUUAAAUCUUUCUGCGUCUAACGCUGCCGUGUCUGAGCUCAAGCCCGAGUGCUGCAUCGAUGAUGUCAUCCACCAUGAAGUUAAAGAGAUCGGCACACACAUCCUGGUGUGUGCUGUCAGCUACACCACUCAGACUGGAGACAAACUGUACUUCAGGAAGUUUUUCAAAUUUCAGGUUCUCAAGCCUCUAGAUGUGAAAACCAAGUUCUACAAUGCAGAGAGUGACCUCAGUUCUGUGACUGACGAGGUUUUCCUGGAGGCUCAGAUCCAGAACAUCACCACCUCACCCAUGUUCAUGGAGAAAGUGUCUCUGGAACCUUCCAUGAUGUACAAUGUCACUGAACUGAACACGGUGUGCUCGGGAGAGGAGCGAGAGUCGACGUUUGGGAAGAUGUCGUACCUGCAGCCCAUGGACACACGGCAAUACCUGUACUGUCUGAAACCCAAACCUGAGUUUGCAGAGAAAGCAGGAGUCAUUAAAGGAGUCACUGUCAUCGGAAAACUGGACAUCGUGUGGAAGACCAACCUGGGGGAGAGAGGACGAUUACAGACCAGUCAGCUGCAGAGAAUGGCUCCAGGUUAUGGAGAUGUUCGGCUCUCACUAGAGCUCGUUCCUGACACAGUGAACAUUGAGGAGCCGUUUGACAUCACCUGUAAAAUCACAAACUGCAGUGAACGCACCAUGGACCUGCUCCUGGAGAUGUGUCACACUCGGUCAGUUCACUGGUGUGGAGUUUCAGGCAGGCAGCUGGGAAAACUGGGUCCAAGUGCAUCACUGUCCAUCCCACUGCAGCUCCUCUCCUCUGUACAGGGACUACAGAGUAUAUCAGGUCUGAGGCUCACAGACACUUUCCUGAAACGGACAUACGAGUAUGAUGACAUCGCUCAGGUGUGUGUGGUGUGUCCGUACCUGAACCCUGAGACCUGAGGCUGCUCUGACGUCCUGUACUGGUCACCUAAACCUCCACAGACCAACCGCAUCACCACUUUUUACACAUCAGCUGAUUUUCUUCUUUUAAAAUAUGUGCUUUUAAAGCCUGCUUCAGAUUUUAAGUGUGUAUAUGUUAAUAAAAGAGAGAACUGUCCUCUAAAUACGACUCAAACCUGUAGACACAGAGUCUUUAUAACGUCCACAUCACUGAGGAACCCGGUCAGAGAAGGACUAGAUAAAGAUGAGGCUGUUGAGCUUAUUUUAAAUAGCUGUAAACACACGUUAUUGUUUUCCUCAGAAUAAAUCUCAAUAGGGGGUCACGGUGGCUUAGUGGUUAGCACGUUCACCUCACACCUCCAGGGUUGGGGGUUCGAUUCCCACCUCCACCUUGUGUGUGUGGAGUUUGCAUGUUCUCCCCGUGCCUCGGGGGUUUCCUCCGGGUACUCCGGUUUCCUCCCCCGGUCCAAAGACAUGCAUGGUAGGUUGAUUGGCAUCUCUGGAAAAUUGUCCGUAGUGUGUGAUUGUGUGAGUGAAUGAGAGUGUGUGUGUGUGUGUGUGUGCCCUGUGAUGGGUUGGCACUCCGUCCAGGGUGUAUCCUGCCUUGAUGCCCGAUGACGCCUGAGAUAGGCACAGGCUCCCCGUGACCCGAGGUAGUUCGGAUAAGCGGUAGAAGAUGAAUGAAUGAGUGAGUGAAAUCUCAGCAGUCUUUAAAGCAGCUUUCUAUAAUGUUUACAGCCCUCUGCUGCCUGGGAGGGAAACUCCGCCCCCUUGGUUAAAACUGUCUGUCACCAGUGGGAGUGGGCGGGGCUUCACCAAUUUCAGUGCAGGGACGGCGACUUCGGAAGAUUUGUAACGUAUCCCAAGAUUCUAGACUUGUUCCAGAUCUAAAAGAACUUUAAGCAUUACACGCUGCACCUUUAACACCUUUACCACAGUAAGUUAUUGUAGAAUUAGAUGAUUGUUCAUUGAAAGCACACUGAAGCACUGUUUGUUCCAUAACUGAUAACGAGACGCAAAUUUCGUAAAUAUAUAAAUCUGUAAACAGGAUAAAUAGGAUAAAUAAUUCAUAUUUUAUCACAGACUUGGUGGUUUGCUGAAGAAACACAAUAAAUUCAUGUGACAUUUA